AUGCCCACCACGGCAGUCGACCGCGGAAAUCGAGCGAGUACCGGAGACCCAAGUUCUAAUCACAAGAUAUUUAUAAUGGGUCUUUUGGAGACCUUCCUCCCUCCUUCUGACCGCUAUGCAGCCCUCUUGCUAUAUGGAAUGGUGCUGGCAGCCUGCUUCAACGGCUACGAUGCUGGUAAAUAUCCCACCCCUUUUCAGAAUCACGAGACUAACGAACAAGGUAUCAUGACGGUCAUUCUGGCGGAUGAACAGUUCAUAGAGUACUACAAUGUCGAUGCAACACGAACUGGAACCAUUGCCACUGUCCCAUGGGCGACAACGGGUCUAGCACAACUCUUCGUCGGCGGUACUCUUGCCAGCCUUGUUGGAAGACGUUGGGCUGUCCGCAUCUCGAUCUCCUUUAUGAUUCUCGGCGUUGUUGUUCAAAGUGUACCCAACACAUAUGGCGUGUUGAUCUUGGGUCGUUUGAUGACGGGUCUUGGAUUUGGAUGUGUGUACAUUGCUAUAUCGCUCUAUGUGGCCGAGUGUGCACCUCGACUCUUGUGUGGCAGCUUUGUCGGAACAGUCAAUCAAUUUGGCUACCAGCUAGGCACCCUGAUUGCGUUCUGGACAGGCUACGGCAUGAGCUUCCACAAGUCGCCCUACAACGUCGCCUGGCGUGUGUCCAAGCUUGUCCAGGUCCCUAUUGGAAUCGCCUUCGUCAUCAUCAGCUUUUGGUAUCCAGAAUCCCCUCGAUGGCUCCUUGAGAAGCAACCAGACAAUCAUGAUCGUGUGAUGAAAGUCCUCUGCAAGCUUCGCAUGGGAACUCCAAAUUCGGAACACGUUCGCACCGAGUUCAAUGAGCUGAUUGCUGCCCAUCAAGCACGUUCAAAAUUCGACACUGGCUACAAAGGGCUCUUCAAGUCGGCGGGCAUACAAAAGCGUCUGCUGUAG